AUGAUCCACACUGGAGAGAAACCAUUCACAUGCACUCAAUGUGGGAAGAGUUUCAACCGAUCAUCAUCCCUUAAUAAACACAUAAAAAUCCACACUGGAGAGAAACCAUUCACAUGUACUCAGUGUGGGAAGAGUUUCAACCAAUCAUCAUCCCUUAACAAUCACAUAAAAAUCCACACUGGAGAGAAACCAUUCACAUGUACUCAGUGUGGGAAGAGUUUCAACCAAUCAUCAUCCCUUAACAAUCACAUGAAAAUCCACACUGGAGAGAAACCAUUCACAUGUACUCAGUGUGGGAAGAGUUUCAACCAAUCAUCAUACCUUAAUCUACACAUGAGGAUUCACACUGGAGAGAAACCAUUCACAUGCACUCAGUGUGGAAGGAGUUUCAACCGAUCAUCAUCCAUUAAUAAACACAUGAAAAUCCACACUGGAGAGAAACCAUUCACAUGCACUCAGUGUUUGAAGAGUUUCAACCGAUCAUCACAUCUUAAUAAUCACAUGAAAAUCCACACUGGAGAGAAACCAUUCACAUGUACUCAGUGUGGAAAGAGUUUCAGCCAAUCAACAUACCUUAAUAAACACAUGAGGAUCCACACUGGAGAGAAACCAUUCACAUGCACCCAGUGUGAGAAGAGUUUCAACCAAUCAUCGUCCCUUAAUAAACACAUGAAAAUCCACACUGGAGAGAAACCAUUCACAUGCACCCAGUGUGGGAGGAGUUUCAACCAAUCAUCACACCUUAACAGUCACAUGAAUAUCCACACUGGAGAGAAACCAUUCACAUGCACCCAGUGUGGGAAGAGUUUCAACCAAUCAUCAUCCCUUAAUAAACACAUAAAAAUCCACACUGGAGAGAAACCAUUCACAUGUACUCAGUGUGGGAAGAGUUUCAACCAAUCAUCAUCCCUUAACAAUCACAUGAAAAUCCACACUGGAGAGAAACCAUUCACAUGUACUCAGUGUGGGAAGAGUUUCAACCAAUCAUCAUACCUUAAUCUACACAUGAGGAUUCACACUGGAGAGAAACCAUUCACAUGCACUCAGUGUGGAAGGAGUUUCAACCGAUCAUCAUCCCUUAAUAAACACAUGAAAAUCCACACUGGAGAGAAACUAUUCACAUGUACUCAGUGUGGAAAGAGUUUCAGCCAAUCAACAUACCUUAAUAAACACAUGAGGAUCCACACUGGAGAGAAACCAUUCACAUGCACCCAGUGUGGGAAGAGUUUCAACCAAUCAUCAUCCCUUAAUAAACACAUAAAAAUCCACACUGGAGAGAAACCAUUCACAUGGACUCUGUGUGGGAAGAGUUUCAGCCAAUCAUCAUCCCUUAAUCUACACAUCAUGAGCCACACUGGAGAGAAACUAUUCACCUGCACUCAGUGUGGAAAAUGUUUCAGCCGAUCAUCAUCCCUUAAUAAACACAUGAGGAUCCACACUGGAGGGAAACCAUAUACUUGCACUCAGUGUGGGAAGACUUUUAACAGCUCAUCACUACUUAAUCAACACAUGAGGAUCCACACUGGAGAGAAACCAUUCACAUGCACUCAGUGUGGAAAGAGUUUUGGAAGAAAAGGCAAUCUUAAGAUUCACAUGAAGAUCCACACUGGAGAGAAACCAUUCACAUGCUGUCAGUGUGGGAAGAGUUUUAACUGCUUAUCACACUUUAAUCUACACAUGAGGAUCCACACUGGAGAGACACCAUUCACAUGCACUCAGUGUGGGAAGAGUUUCAGCCAAUCAUCAUCCCUUAAUCAACACAUGAGGAUCCACACCGGAAAUAAACCAUUCACAUGCACUCAGUGUGGGAAAAGUUUUAAAAGCUCAUCACACCUUAUUCGACACAUGAGGAUCCACACUGGAGAGAAACCAUUCACAUGCACUCAAUGUGGGAAGAGUUUCAACCAAUCAUCACAACUUAAUCAACACAUGAUGAUCCACACUGGAGAGAAACCAUUUACAUGCACUCAGUGUGGGAAGAGUUUCACUCGAUCAUCAUCCCUUAAUCUACACAUGAUGAGCCACACUGGAGAGAAACCAUUUACUUGCACUCAGUGUGGGAAGACUUUUAACUGCUCAUCACACCUUAAUCAACACAUGAGGAUCCACACUGGAGAGAAACCAUUCACAUGCACUCAGUGUGGGAAGAGUUUCAGCCAAUCAUCAAACCUUAAUCUACACAUGAGGAUCCACACUGGAGAGAAACCAUUCCAAUGUACCCAGUGUGGGAAGAGUUUCAGCCACUCAUCAUCCCUUAAUCAACACAUGAGGAUCCACACUGGAGAAAAAACAUUCACAUGCUCUCAGUGUGGGAAGAGUUUUAACUGCUUAUCACUCCUUAAUAAACACAUGAAGAUCCACACUGGAGAGAAACCAUUCACAUGCACUCAGUGUGGGAAGAGUUUUAGCCAAUCAACCUCCCUUAAUCAACACAUGAGAAUCCACACUGGAGAAAAACCAUUCUCAUGCACUCAGUGUGGGAAGAGUUUUAGGCAAUCAUCCUCUCUUAAUCAACACAUGAAGAUCCACACUGGAGAGAAACCAUUUACUUGCACUCAGUGUGGGAAGAGUUUUAACUGCAAACCACACCUUAAUCAACACACGAGAAUCCACUCUGGAGAGAAACCAUUUACAUGCACUCAGUGUGGGAAGAGUUUCAGCCAAUCAUCAAACCUUAAUCUACAUAUGAUAAACCACACUGGAGAGAAACCAUUUACUUGCACUCAGUGUGGGAAGAGUUUUAACUUCUUAUCACACCUUAAUUUACACAUGAGGAUCCACACUGGAGAGAAACCAUUCACAUGCACUCAGUGUGGGAGGAGUUUCAGCCACUCAUCAUCCCUUAAUCGACACAUGAUGAGACACACCAGAGAUAAACCAUUUAUGUCUAAUCAUUGUGGGAUGAGUUUCAGCAACUUAUCAGACCUUAAACACAUAAAGACCCACACUGGAGAGAAACCAUUCACAUGCACCCAAUGUGGGAAGAGUUUCAACAGAUCAGCAAACCUUAAUGAACGCAUGAAGAUCCACACUGGUGUGAAAAAGUAUAUGUGCUUAAGUAUGAGAAGACUUUUCUUACAGCUCAAAUUAAAACUGCUCUAGAUGAUUCACACUGGAGAGACCGUACAAGUGUUCACACUG